AUGGUAGCACCGUUUUGUAAAGCACCAAUUGAAGCAACAUUAACUGGAGUUACAAAUAUUCCUCAUGAUCCUUCUCUGGACAUGAUCAUACAGUCGUGGUUGCCAAUUUAUAAAAGUGUUGUCGGCUUAAGCGCUAGUGCGUCGACAAAAUCGAUAUUCGGCAACGUGGAUGGAAUUGUUCCGAUCAAUAAGGUCGAUACUGGGAAGGUCUACAGAAUUCGUGGUAUUGCAUGGAGCUGCCGUGUCAGUUCUUCCUAUGGACAGCAGUUGAUUUGUGGAGCAAAAUCACUUUUAAAUCAAUUUCUAAGUGAUGUUUACAUUACACUGGAUCACCGCAAGGGUCAGUACUCAGGUCAGAGCCCUGGAUUUGGCUUAACUCUGUGGGCGGAACGUAAAGAUGGAGGCUUGUAUUCUGCUGAGGCCAUGUCUGAACCUGAAGGAGGUGAUAAUGUUCUUAUGGAUGCCGAAACGAUUGGAAAGUUGGCAGCAAGCAGACUCCUAGACCAAAAACCAAACAAUCAAUCUACUGAAUUAACAAAACUAAGUUAUAUCCAAAAUAUAUUUCUUGUUCAUAGUACCUUUCAUUUUGAAAGUAAUAGAUACAACUUAUCGGGAAAUACUGAACAUGCACCAACAUUCCAUUAUUGA